AAGCUAAGCGGGAGGGGAGAUGGGCGAAGCAAGCUGCAGGGUCUGGAGGGGAGAGAGAAUUUGUGCUGCUGCCCUCUGGGACGCUCUUGAUCUCUCCUACCCUGGACUCCAGGUCUUUUAAAAAAUGGGCUACCCUUCUGAAGAGGACUUGGAGGAAAUUGACGCUUCCCUGAGGAAAACUACUGCCUUCCUCUUCAACAAAGCGCCCCUUCCUGAUGACAAGUUGGUACCUUUACCUCUGGACAACAUUCCUCAGCUUAUGGAUCCAUUAAAGCUUCUUCUGAAAACUCUGGGCAUUUCUGUUGAGCACCUUCUGGAGGGGCUAAAGAAGUGUGUGAAUGAGCUGGGACCAGAGGCUUCUGAAGCUGUGAAGAAACUGCUGGAGGCGCUAUCACACUUGGUGUGAUGUCAAGAUAAAGAACGAGCAGAGGUGGAUGGGGAUGGAGGAUGACGCUCCUAUCUUCCCUGGCUGAAAUGCAUUCUACCAAUUAUAGACUAAAUGCCCUAAAAUGUAGUGACCUGUGAAAAGGACAAAUAAAGCAAUGAAUAGAU